AUGUGCAAGCACAUCCUCAACCCACAAGUCAAGAUCCGUGCACCUUGCUGCAAGCUCUGGUUUGACUGCGCAGAUUGCCAUACCGAGCAAGCCGACCACCCACUACUGAAGCAGGAUGAAAUGACACUCAUCUGCAAACCCUGCAAGAAGGCCUUUCGCCUCGACAUUACGGAUUUCGAUGAAGCAAAAGAGUACUGUCCACACUGUGAUAAUCACUUCUACAAGCAAGCCAUGACGCCGCAAGCUGCAAUUGUAGCAGAGAAGGCGGAUCUCCGGGAGGAUAAUCGAUUGGCACAGUUGAGAGAUAUGCGGAUGAAGCUCAUGCUGAAUGAUGAUGCGGAUCUAUUUGAUGAUGAUCUCACAGCAAGACUAGGCUAG